AGCAGACGUUAGCCCUUCCGGAAGUGACGCAUAUUCUUGCUCGUCCUUUCUAGAAAAGAUGGCAGCUGUUGACAUCGACGUGCCGGUGGAAACAGAGCCACCAAUUCUCAAUCAGGAGGACCUCCAGCGUCAGGCUGAGUGCUUCAAAGAGCAAGGAAAUGCACUGUACAGCAAGAAAUCUUACUCAGAGGCAUUCAACUACUAUACUAAAGCCAUUGAUACUUGCCCCAAAAAUGCAAGCUAUUAUGGCAACAGGGCAGCCACUCUCAUGAUGCUCUGUCGCUUUCGAGAGGCCCUGGAAGAUUCCCAGCAGGCUGUGCGACUAGAUAACUGUUUUAUGAAGGGUCAUUUACGUGAGGGUAAGUGUCAUUUGUCUUUGGGAAAUGCUAUGGCAGCCACUCGCUGCUUCCAAAAGGUUUUGGAGUUGGAGCCAAGCAACAAAGAAGCCCAACAGGAGAAUAAAAAUGCAGCAACUCUGCUAGAGUUUGAGCGAAUGGCAGACUUUGGAUUUGAAAAGAGAGAUUUUAGAAAGGUGGUGUAUUGUAUGGACAGAGCAUUAGCUUUGGCUUCUGCCUGUCACCGAUUCAAAAUCCUCAAGGCUGAGUGUUUGGCUCUGCUCGGACGUUAUCCAGAAGCUCAGUCUGUAGCAAGUGAUAUCCUGCGACUGGAUUCAACAAAUGCAGAUGCCCUGUAUGUUCGAGGUCUAUGUCUCUACUAUGAGGACUGCAUUGAUAAGGCUGUACAGUUCUUUGUCCAAGCUCUGCGCAUGGCACCUGACCAUGAGAAGGCACGACUGGCCUGCAAGAAUGCCAAAGCACUAAAAGCCAAGAAAGAGGAAGGUAAUCAAGCAUUCAAGAACCACAAAUAUGAAGUUGCGUACCAGUUGUAUACUGAAGCCCUGGCAAUAGACCCCAACAACAUAAAGACAAAUGCUAAACUCUACUGCAACAGAGCCACAGCAGGAGCAAAGCUGAAGAAACUCAAUCAGGCUAUUGAAGACUGUACCUGUGCAAUCAAACUUGAUGACACCUACAUCAAGGCCUACUUAAGGAGAGCUCAGUGUUACAUGGAUACAGAGCUGUAUGAAGAGGCCGUGCGGGACUACGAAAAAGUUUACCAGACAGAAAAAACAACAGAUCACAAACAUCUACUAAAGACGGCACAGUUGCAGCUGAAGAAGAGCAAGAGGAAAGAUUACUACAAGGUGCUGGGAGUCGGCAAGAAUGCCACCGAAGAUGAAAUCAAAAAAGCAUAUCGCAAACGAGCCCUAAUGCACCACCCAGACCGCCAUAGUUCAGCAACACCAGAAGUGCAGAAGGAGGAGGAAAAGAAAUUUAAAGAAGUCGGCGAAGCCUUUACGGUCCUGUCUGACCCAAAGAAGAAGGUUCGGUAUGACAGUGGCCAAGAUUUGGAGGAUGAUGGCGGCUUAAACGGUGGAGAUUUUGAUGCCAAUAACAUCUUCAGAGCUUUCUUCGGUGGACAUGGAGGAGGUUUCAGUUUUGAUUCCAGCCCAGAAGCUGCACCAGGAAAUUUCUUCUUUCAAUUUGGAUGAAGUUGAAGCAGCAUGGGGGAAAAAAUGCACCCUCGCUGGGAAUGACACGGAUUUUCUGAGAUGCUCGUACCUCUAAUUAUUUGUCAGGAUCCUUUUUAAAAUUUACUAGCUAACAGUGGGAGGAAUAAUUCAGAAAUGCUUGAUGGGAAUUAACAUUGGUGAGAAAGAAUUAUAAAAGAAAACAUUUAAGGUUUGUCUGAUUCACAGCAUGUCCAAUAUUGGCAAAACCCCAUUAAAUGAUAUGUAAUCUUGUUAAAGUGACACUACUUUCUUAAAAGUGAGUCGAAGUAAAAAGGCUUUAAGAAUGUACGUGUUGCUCUUUUAAAUAUCUGUAUAGUUCUGCAGGAUCAGCAGGUCUGUAUUGUAUUAUCUGUUGUAAAGAAGCUAUACAUGGUUUAAUGUCAAAACUGUCCUCAGGAAAAGUUGUGGAGAACAAAACAUCACUGAUCUUUCAAAAAUGUCACCAGGGUUUAAUGGCUCAUUUGCCAAAUAUUGACUCAUUGCUGGUUGGUUUUCUUUACCACUUCUCAAAUUUGCAUUUUACGUUUUACUUAAAUGUGAAUCGUUAAGUGUUCGUGGCUUUUGUCAUUUUAAGUCUUUUCUCAUCCUAUUUUUAUUUAUUGUAAAAUGUUAUGUAACUCAUACAGAAAACUGUUGUCUUUCUCAUUUAGUAUGACAGGGAUGACUGUUUUUGGUGUGAUUGGUUGUGGUAGUAAAUCUCUCUUCAUCAGGCCAAAAUAAUUGUGCACACAACUUUUGUUUUUGUUUUUUUAUAAGCACCAGUCACACACAUUUGUUUUACUGAAAAUAUGAGUGGUGCCUUUUUAGAUAAGUCAACCUCGCAGUCAAGUCAACAAAAACUGUGGUUCAGACAUAUUUGCAAACGAUCUUGUAUCGGAUUUGUUUUUCAUCUUAUGUGUUUUCCUAAUAAAACUGUUUUCUCAGCCAGUAGGUUGGAUUUGAAAAUAAAUAACUCACCAUGUGCAACUUUUAGGACAGUUUUCUGUUCAAUUGCAGUCACUGCUCCACCCAGCUGUUCUUCACAAAUAUUUGUUAUGCAUGUUUUGUCAGUACAGCCGCUUUACUUCUUGUACCUGUUUAAACAGACCUCCAAAAUUUGGUUUUAAGCUUCACACUGUUUCAUUGAUCCAUGUAUGACUUUUAAAAAUGGUAUUGACAAGACGUGCUUUUCUUGGAGUAGAAAUAAAGGCUCAUCUUUUACUGUU